AUGGGAUCCGCACCACCUGCCAAAGCCACUGAUGCUGUUCUGGUAGCGUCGGAGCCUGUUCCCGACGAGACUCAACAGGUCCGAGGUAUCGACUGGGCCGCUAUACCAGAGGAACAACGGACUAUAAUAUCGAAUUUUAUCGACCAACUGACUGGGCAAGGUUUCCAAUCUAGUUCGAUAGGUGAUGCCAUCCGUAUUAUUAACGAUAUGAGAUCAUGGAGAGAUCCCGACUCAGGAGAGAAAGCCACCAUUUUCCUAGGGUACACCUCCAAUAUGAUUUCAUCAGGCCUGCGUGACACCUUUCGCUAUCUUGUCCAGCAUCGUCACGUCUCAGCGAUUGUCACCACUGCUGGAGGAGUUGAGGAGGACUUCAUCAAGUGUUUGGCUCCCACCUACUUGGGCUCCUUUUCCGCUUCUGGCGCUGCCUUACGAGCCAAGGGACUGAAUCGCAUUGGGAACCUCAUUGUCCCCAACAACAACUAUUGUGCCUUCGAGGACUGGAUCAUCCCCAUUCUAGACAGGAUGCUGGCGGAGCAGGAAGAAGAGUUUGCACGAUCCGGAGAACGGUUCAUGUGGACUCCCAGCACCAUAAUCCACCGCCUGGGCAAAGAGAUCAAUGACGAAUCAUCGGUAUACUACUGGGCAUACAAGAAUGACAUUCCCGUCUUCUGUCCUGCCUUGACAGAUGGCAGUCUAGGAGACAUGAUCUACUUCCACUCUUUCAAAGCCUCCCCACUCCAUCUCGGCAUCGACAUAGCCAAGGACAUUCGGAAAAUCAAUACAAUUGCUGUGCGGGCGAAACGAGCGGGCAUGAUCAUCCUUGGAGGGGGAGUUGUCAAGCACCACAUCGCUAAUGCGUGCCUGAUGCGAAACGGCGCCGAAAGUGCGGUCUAUGUUAACACGGCACAGGAAUUCGAUGGGAGUGAUGCUGGCGCCCGACCAGACGAAGCAGUGAGUUGGGGCAAAAUCAAAGCCGACGGAGACAGUGUCAAGGUCUAUGUCGAGGCGUGA